AUGUGUUGUGCAGAGCAGGAAGUGCGCAAUAUGUUCCGACAGCACGACAAGGACAUGAGCGGUUUCAUUAGCAAAGACGACGUUAUGUGCAUGCUUCUGAACGCCACGAAGGAUGAGAAAAGGGAUCCGGCAUUUAGAACAAAUCUGAGAUUUUUGAUAAAUACAAUCAAAGCGGCAGAUAAGGAUGGCGAUGAUAAGAUCACUUUUGAAGAGUUCAAGGACUACAUCCACAACGUAACUGCCAGCCCGCAUUAA